GAAGCGUUCGUCACACAUGAUGUGUUCAAGGACCGUCUUAAAGAUAAAAAUCUGAUGUUUUUCUCACAGCUCCUGACUGGUUAACAGCGUAGUUCUUUUGCUUUUCCGUCCCUCCGGCGGGUGUUUUUGGGUUCAGAGGGUUACGGUCUCUGGUGUGUUGAGUCAUCUCGUCUCCGUCUUGCGAUCCGAGUCGAUAAAAAGCCGAGUCGUGCAUAAUUUAAGGCCGGGUUCAGUCGCAGGUUGCUCCACAGUUCACAACACUAAAUGCUGGAGAGACGUUCCGUGUUUGGACACAGCUGUGUGUUAAACCCUCGAGUACGAUGCAUAACUCGGCAGCGAGUAGCCUCUCUGUUGAUCAUGUAUUUCAUGGAGCAGUAAUGUAGAGGAUGAUGAUAUCUGUCCGUUAUCUCCGUGCUCUCUCUCACAUCACACCGGUGGGUUUAUAUUUGGCCAUCUUGCAUUCAGUCAGCCCUCUUCUGCUCCCCGGAGAGCUUUUCUUGGCAGCGGCUGUUUUUCUCUGAAAUGAUUGAUGUCACCGUCUCUCCUCCGAGAGUUAGAAAAAAUAAAUGUCCACUUCAGUGAGCCGGCCCACACCGGACUGCUGCUCCACUUUCUCUCGUCCUUUUCUCCUCCAUCGUUCACAGCACUGCAUUUCACAACCAGGCGGUUUCUUAUUCUGUGUUUUAUUUUUACAUAAGCACUUCUAGUUGCAGAAUCCUGACGCUAUUCAUAGCAUCACCUCCUGACGUAGUCACAGUCUGCACUUUAUUCUUCCAUCAAGGAACAGCUGCUGUUUCUUUGUGAGAUAUUAAUUUACUGAGGAAAUGUAAAAGAGACCUCUCUGGAUUUAUCUCACUUUUUAUAAACGGUCUGUGCCAGCAACCCUUAGCUUAGCUUAGCUUAGCUUACCAUAAAGACUAGUUUAGCUUAGCAUAAAGACUAGAACUGGGGGAAUCAGCGAGCCUUGCUUUAGUUAACGGUAACUAAAGAUGCCCAUCAGCAGCUUUUUCAGUUAUGUUCCCCGUUACUUGAUCGCUCUCUCCACCUAGAUCUUUUAUUUUUGAUGAAGAAGAAUUGUGGUAUGAAUCCUGCUCUCAGCUCCUCUCACAGCUGCUCUGCUCCUCUCCUUCAGGGCUACCUGGGUCCAGCCGGCGGCCCCUACCAGGUUCCUCCUGCUCAGCCCUACGCUCUGCCCAGCGACCAGCCGGGACAGCUGCACUCGCUGCCCCCCAACGUGUCGGCCCCGCACAACGGCCAGGCCGCUCAGCCUCCAUACAUGAGCUCUGCUAUGAACACUCAGUACAUGAACCACGCUGCUGGAGCUCCUUACCAGCACCAGGCCGGCGUGCCCGUAGACAUGUCGACCUAUCACAGCUCCGGCAUGCCUCCCGUGUCCUACCCGGUGUCCGCCCCCCCACACCAGGCUCCUCCUCCUCAGCAUCAGCAUCAGCAUCAGCAUCAGCAGCAGCAGGCGGCCUACUACCAGCAGCCUCUGCUGUAAAACUAUGACCGCAGACCUGAGACCAGUACACACUACAGAUGUUUCACUUUCCAGGGGUGUGUUCAUCUGGCUCCCUGUUUGUGUGUGUGUGUGUGUGUGUGUGUGUAUGUAUGUGUGUGUGUAGGUGUAGGUGUGUGUGUGUGACGCAGGUCUGUUCUUCUGAGUCGGGACCCUCUUUAGUGUGCAUGUCCUCAGCUACUGUACGUGAAGCCAAAACACACCCACGGCGUCAGGAGUCUCCUCCCGUCCUUCACUGCUUUUUGUUUUUUCCCAGCUGUCAGUGAACGCAGCGCAGGUCUUCACAAAUGUCACAGUUCAACACAGAAGAAGAAGAAAAGGAGGAAGAAGAAGAGUUGGGCUUCUCCAGCCACCGAUACAGGACCAUGUCAUGAGCAUAUUACACAAUUCAUAGUUCAACAAACGUCACUAUUUCUGAAUUAAAUCGCUCUCGCAUGAUUCCGGCUCCUUGGAGGAGAACGGUUCACCCUGAUGUAGAUAAAUGAGGAAUAAAGAUGUUUCUAAUCCGUCGAUGUAGAGAACUGAAGUAAACAUCAGUCUGGUGUAGUUUGGACACAACAUGAACUCCAUUUGACACUUUAACACAACAAAGAAAGAAGUGCAGACUUUAUUAUUCACACUUGUUUCCUUCGUUACUCGAUCUCUAAACACUUUUCUGCAUUAACGUGAACGCAAAAGUUUCCUUUCUUUUAGUUUUGUCUUGUUUUUCAGUCUGUGGGUGAACUCAUCCAAACACAGACUCGCUUCAUUCUUUGUCCUUGUUCUUUAAGUGCAGUUCUGCUGGUGUUUCUGCUGAGUCGGCUCGUAUUAAAUCUGUGUGACGCGGUGCAGAUGCUUCCUUCAGGACUAAGUGAGCAGUCUGGUUUUCUUUGUUUUCUUCCUCAGCAGCGUCCAUCACUUUAGAGAAGUACAAACUAUUACAUGUGUACGUGAACAGUUCUGUGUCUGAAUGGUUAGAACAAUACUUUCCCUGCAGCUUCACUGGUGAUGCAUUUAAGAUGUUUGUGUGUGUUUCUACAUGUCUGUAUGUGUUCCAGGGUUCUUCAUUGCAAAGUGACGGUCACAUGUUGGGGUGAACUGAGACGUCGUCGUUUCUCUUUGUGUGUUUAUUAAUCUGGUGAAAUGCAGCAUCUGUUCAUGGUUAUGACAUCACUUCCUGCCUCAUCUUCCAUUCAGCAGACGCCUGUUAGGAGUUUUAUGCAAACGCACGACACUGAGAUUCUUUUCACGUCUUAUAUACUUAAACUUUCUAACUUGUCAGAAACGUUGCCUGU